GGGUUGCGACGUCUGUCGUAAAGUGGGAUACUCAUCGCCAUAGAAACUGUCAGCUGGUGUGUUGGGAAAGUGGGGGGUCGUUGAGGUGCAGCAGGAGGUGACAUCUCCAUAUUGAGGGGAGAGGAGGGCAAAAGAUAAUAAAAAUGACUGGGAACAGUCUUGUGCUUCCCAUUGUGCUAUGGGGACGUAAAGCGCCCACACACUGUAUAUCCACUGUGUUGGUGAUGGAUGAUAUGGCGACUAUUAUCACCGGGUGCCAUGAUGGACAGAUCUGCCUAUGGGAUCUAUCGCCAGAACUGGAGAUCCAUCCUCGGGCCUUGCUUUUUGGUCACACAGCUUCAAUCACCUGCCUGUCUAAAGCCUGUGCCUCUACUGACCGGCAGUACAUAGUGAGCGCCUCGGAGAGCGGUGAGAUGUGUCUCUGGGAUGUAAAUGAUGGAAGAUGCGUAGAGUUCACUAAAUUAGCGUGUACUCACACUGGUAUACAGUUUUACCAGUUCUCAGUUGGGACACAACGAGAAGGACGAUUACUAUGUCACGGCCAUUACCCAGAAGUCCUUGUGGUGGAUGCCAGCAGCCUGGAUGUGCUGUACACACUUGUAUCAAAGAUCUCUCCAGACUGGAUCAGCUCCAUGAGCAUCAUCCGCUCUCACAGGACACAAGAAGACACAGUGGUAGCCGUCUCAGUCACUGGCAUCCUGAAGGUCUGGAUCAUUACAGCAGAGGUUCACCGCAUGCAGGACACAGAACCGGUGUUCGAAGAGGAAUCGAAACCUAUUUAUUCCCAGAACUGCCAAAGUGUUUCCUUCUGUGCAUUCACGCAGAGGUCGUUUCUGGUUGUCUGCGCUAAAUAUUGGAGGGUGUUUGAUGCGGGCGACUAUUCUUUGCUGUGUUCUGUCCCAAGUGAAGAGGGUCAGACAUGGACAGGAGGAGACUUCAUAGCUGCGGAUAAAGUCAUCAUCUGGACGGAAGACGGACAGAGUUUCAUCUAUAAGCUCCCAGCCAGCUGUAUCCCAGCCAGUGACUCCUUUCGUAUUGAUGUUGGGAAAGCAGUGGAGAACUCAAUCCCACCCUUGCUGUACAGCGUGAUGCCAAAAGAGGACAAGAAGGCUCUGGAGAUGUUUGAUUUGGAAGCAGUUGUGGAAAUCCCAGAAUGUGAUCACUUCUCAGACCCAGGAAAAGUCUUAGAAUUGUACACCCCAAGGACUCUACUCCACGUUCACCCCGCAGAGUCUCAUUUGCUUAUCUGCCCUCCGGUUACAAGGUUCUUCUAUGGACGUCGGGUAUCUUUCCAUAAACUCCUAAUCCAGGGCGACUCUUCAGGGAGACUCAGUAUCUGGAACGUCCCCGAUGAUCUGGAGCAGCAAGACGACAUGGAAGGGUUAAAAAUCACGACAACCACGUCGCUGCAAGAAGCCUUUGACAAGCUCUCCCCUCGCCCUGCCGGCAUUAUUGAUCAGCUCAGCGCGAUGCCGAACAGCACUGAACCUCUGAAAGUGACCGCCAGCGUCUACAUCCCAUCUCACGGGCGUCUGGUGUGCGGCCGGGAGGACGGGAGUAUAAUUAUUGUCCCAGCCACGCAGACGGCGAUAGUUCAGCUGCUGCAAGGAGAGCACAUGCUGCGGAGAGGUUGGCCUCCUCACAGAACAUUACGCGGUCAUCGGAACAAGGUCACCUGCUUACUGUAUCCUCACCAAGUGUCCUCCCGCUAUGACCAGCGCUAUCUCGUAUCAGGAGGGGUCGACUUCUCCGUCAUCGUAUGGGACAUUUUCUCCGGAGAGAUGAAGCAUAUCUUCUGCGUUCAUGGGGGUGAAAUCACACAACUGCUCGUCCCACCAGACAGCUGCAGUACACGAGUGCAGCAUUGCAUCUGCUCGGUGGGCAGUGAUCACUCCGUCGGUCUUCUUAGCUUGAGAGAGAGAAAGUGCAUCAUGCUGGCUUCCCGCCAUCUCUUUCCCAUCCAAGUCAUAAAGUGGAGACCAUCGGACGACUAUCUGGUGGUCGGCUGCUCAGACGGCUCUGUCUAUGUCUGGCAGAUGGAUACCGGUGCACUGGAUCGUUGCGUGAUGGGCAUCACGGCUGUGGAGAUCCUCAACGCCUGCGACGAAGCCGUCCCUGCCGCUGUCGACACGCUCAGUCACUCAGCUGUGAACCUAAAGCAGGCCAUGACCAGGCGCAGCCUGGCAGCUCUCAAGACUGUAGCACAUCACAAGCUCCAAACCCUGGCCACCAACCUUCUGGCCUCUGAAGCAUCUGACAAGGGGAAUUUGCCUAAAUAUUCUCAUAACUCCUUAAUGGUCCAAGCAGUAAAGACGAAUAUAAUGGACUCGGACAUACACCUGCUCUUCUUUGAUGUGGAGGCAAUAAUUAUACAGCUCCUCACUGAAGAAGCCUCCAGGCCAAAUACCGCACUUAUCUCCCCGGAGAGUUUGCAGAAAGCAUCUGGCAGUUCUGACAAAGGAGGCUCUUUUCUGGCUGGUAAACGAGCAGCCGUACUCUUCCAACAGGUCAAGGAAACCAUCAAAGAGAACAUAAAAGAGCAUCUUCUCGACGACGAUGACGAAGACGAAGAAGCGAUGAGACAAAAGCGCGACGAGAGCGACCCAGAGUACCGCUCUAGCAAAUCUAAACCAUUAACGCUACUAGAGUACAACCUGACCAUGGACACGGCCAAGCUCUUCAUGUCCUGUCUUCACGCCUGGGGCUUGAAUGCGGGACUAGACGAAGUGUGCCUGGACCGCCUUGGGAUGCUUAAGCCGCAUUGUCCGGUGUCUUUUGGCCUGCUCUCCAGAGGUGGCCACAUGUCAUUGAUGCUUCCAGGGUUUAUUCAGUGUGUUAAUAAAGUGACCAGCGAGAGCGUAGGCUUAGAGAGGAAGAUGUCAAUUCGCGAAGGACUUGGAAAGGGCAAUUAUGGCGUGUCACGUGCUGUCACCACUCAACAUCUCUUGUCACUUAUAUCUCUGGCAAACACGUUAAUGAGCAUGACCAAUGCGACCUUCAUUGGAGACCACAUGAAGAAGGCUCCCCAAAGGCCUCCUAGAUCCGGGUCACCCGAAUCAAUGAAGGGAAAGGCUUCCCCGCAAAGCUCCAGCAGCAACCUAAUGCAAGGACAGAUAAAACAAGGAUGGAGCCAGUUGGCAGCUAUGCAUUGUGUUAUGCUGCCCGAUCUACUGGGGCUGGAAAAGUUCAGACCUCCACUACUAGAAAUGCUGGCGAGAAGGUGGCAGGACCGGUGUCUAGAGGUGCGGGAAGCCGCCCAAGCACUGUUACUGGCAGAACUACGAAGGAUCGGGCAGUCGGGACGUAAGGAGACAAUUGAUUCCUGGGCACCGUAUCUACCCCAGUAUGUCGACACCAUCAUGUCACCUGGAGUGACGGCAGAAUCUAUACAAGCUGGCAGCGCUAGUCCCGAUUCCGCAGGGACAGAGGUGAAAGUUCAGGAGGAAGAGCACGAUCUCGUGGAUGAUGAUCUCGCAGCAGGUUGUCUUUCCAACCUUCCCCCAGUAAAGAAAAUAUCCACUUCAUAUGAAGAAAGACGGAAGCAAGCUACAGCCAUUGUCCUUCUAGGGGUGAUCGGUGCGGAGUUUGGAGCCGAAAUCGAACCACCCAAACUGUUAACCAGGCCACGCAGCUCCAGUCAGAUUCCUGAGGGGUUUGGACUCACCAGUGGUGGAUGCAAUUACUCGCUUGCUCGGCAUACAUGCAAGGCUUUGACAUUCCUGCUGCUGCAGCCCCCCAGCCCCAAGCUCCCUCCGCACAGCACCAUCCGCAGGACAGCUAUUGAUCUGAUUGGACGAGGCUUUACCGUGUGGGAACCGUACAUGGACGUAUCUGCCGUUUUAAUGGGUCUUCUGGAGCUGUGCGCAGACGCCGAAAAACAGCUCGCCAACAUCACAAUCUCGCUACCCCUGAGCCCGGGAGCUGACUCCGCCCGCUCGGCACGACACGCUCUGUCGCUCAUUGCCACGGCCAGACCACCCGCCUUCAUAACAACGAUUGCUAAGGAGGUGCACAGACACACCGCCAUGGCCGCCAAUACUCAGUCCCAGCAGAAUAUACACACCACGGCUUUGGCUCGAGCGAAAGGAGAAAUACUCAGGGUUAUAGAGAUACUCAUCGAGAAGAUGCCAUCGGAUGUGGUGGAUCUCCUGGUGGAGGUUAUGGACAUUAUAAUGUACUGCCUGGAGGGGUCCUUGCUGAAGAAGAAGGGGCUGCAGGAGUGCUUCCCCUCCAUAUGUCGAUUCUACAUGGUCAGUUACUGCGAGCGCAGCCACAGAAUAGCGGUGGGAGCUCGUCUCGGGACAGUCGCCCUGUACGACAUAAGGACUGGAAAAUGUCAGAAUAUUCACGGCCAUAAAGGACCAAUUACGUCGGUUUCCUUCGCCCCUGAUGGACGCUAUCUCGCUACCUACUCAAACAAAGACAGCCAUAUCUCUUUCUGGCAGAUGAACACGUCCUUGCUGGGAAGUAUCGGGAUGCUGAACUCUGCACCUCAGCUGCGCUGCAUUAAAACCUACCAGGUGCCUCCCGUUCAACCAGCCUCCCCCGGCUCGCUCAACGCCCUGAAACUAGCAAGACUCAUCUGGACUUCCAACCGCAACGUCAUCCUUAUGGCCCACGACGGCAAAGAGCAUCGAUUCAUGGUCUAGGAACGGAACACCUUUACCCACUUUCUGCACACCCCUCAUCUAUAGCAUGAUUACUGCAGUAAUUGUUGUCGUCAUAUCAUUCAUGGGGUAGACUUUUGCUGUGUUGGUGCUGCAUGAUUCCCCCAGUAAAUGCCGCAGAGCGGGAAUCCAUGCUGGAAACCUCUAAUUCCUCUCUGUGACCCCGGAUAGUAGAAGAGGCUUCACUGUUUAAGUCCAUCUAUAACACUGAUUAUUCUAGAUAUAGUCUGUAUAUAGUGGAGAGUAACUUUGUAACCUUAAGUGACAUCAUGUCUUCCACUCCUGACACAACCAGAGCUGCAUUCAGAAUCAGUCGACGCACUGCUGACAGACACGCCCCUAGUGGCUGAGCUGAUCAUCUGUAUUGCACUGCAGUGUAUUCUGGCAGGAGUUCUCUACAUGAGAGAGACACUGAAGCAGCAGCAUAUGUGAGCUCAGCACUAAAGGUGCGCCUGCACAUAAGUCUGAUGAAGCUGCUGAUCUUAUUUGUAUGGAGGGGACCUAGCCACUAUCGGAGAGGUAGGAUCAGCCAUAUUGGAACUCAGCAUGCCCAAUUCUUUGUUUUCAGCAGAGAUAAGCUGAUCUAUCUGACCGCUGUUUGCUCCCCUCUCUGCAUUGAGAAGACAUGCACACUUGGCCAAACUGAGCGUACAUGUUUAUAGGGAGCAGGAAGAAUAGCUCUCGGUUGAACAAGCGCGUGGCCAAGAGCCAUUGAAGGUCGGUGGACCCCUUUAUAAGCCAGAGAUGCUGCUUUGGAUGUGACUGGAGUAUAACACAUGCAAGUUAAGUUUAGCGUCACUCGAUAUCCUAUGUAGAUAAUAUCUAGAUGUAAAUUGUAAGAUGGUGUUUGGCGGUGGUCCUCCACUAAACAUGACAUUUAUAAAACGUGUGUCCGAUUGUCACAUUCCAUAUAACGCUGCUUGUCGGUUCAAGCAGUUCUGUCUGACCAGAUUGUUUACAUUUACAGUAGUAGCGUGAUAUUGAGGAUUAGUCAUUUUAUUUCCCUCCAUCAGAGCUUUGGCUUGUGUCGUAUGUCUUGGGUUUUCUAUUUUCUGUAUGUAUUUUUUUUUUUUUUGCCAUGUGAAAUGUGAGCUUUGUAUUUAGAGUUAUGAUGUAAUUUAAGAGCGUGCGAGCCCAAUUAAAGUAUGACUGUGU